AACGCAUCGACACCUGUUCACAAACUACGAAGCUUUAGGACUCUAGGUUGCUAGUAGAGGGCAAUUUCCUGCAAUUUGUCAAGAUGAACGGAUUCUGCUGUCUACGGAUCGUCGCACGCUCAUCCACAGUCACAACACAAUCCACCCUCCUCAGACCAUCAAUUCGAUCUCUUCGACCAACCCAAAGACCUCCCACCACAACCCCAUCUCCACGCUUCCUCUCGCUCCUCCCACCCCGGCGCCCACUCCUCUCACUACAACCCUUCCCAAUGCCCUCACCUGCAACCUCAACCACCAGUCCAUGCAUCUCCGGCGAUAUCCUAUCCCUAACCCCGAAGAUAUCAUCGCAUCCAGGGCUUCUAGGAAUGCAGAUCCGAUACGCGAUUCGCAAUACAUAUAAUCCGAGUCACUUUGUGAGGAAGAGGAGACAUGGGUUUUUGAGUCGGUUGAGGACGAGGAAUGGGAGGAAGACGCUUAAGAGGAGAUUGUUGAAGAAGAGGAGUACGCUGAGUCAUUGAGGGGGAUAGGUGCCAACGGGGAGUUUUGAAUGGGGGCAGUUAACUGUCAAUUAAAUAUUUAUCCAAGAGCUCCACGGCGAUGUCUUGGGGCUGCAUGUAUAUCAAAUGUACAAAUGCAACGCACAC